AUGCUCGGCGAACUCCCCUCCGAGGUGCUUGCGGCCAUCGCAACGCAUCUCAUCAUGGACACGGGCGGCCCCCCCGUCGACCUAAUCUGCACGUGUCGGGGCGCCUGUCUAGCCCUCAGUCCAUCGACAAACGAGGGCCUGUAUGCGGGCGUAUUCCGGCAACUCUACGACACAGGCGCAGUCGAGCGACGGCUGUAUGCGCUGGAAACAGCCCUGCCCGAAGUCUCGGGCAAGGGCAAGGCCAAGGCGGGCACGGUUCCGCCGAAACAGGUCUCUGCCGUGCCCAGUAUUGCGAGUCUGCAGGUCGCGCUCGAGGAACCGCGCGCACCCUUCAUGUCUGCUGCCAGCUCCGCCGCUAUGACGAGAGAUAAUAGCAGAGGUCUCGGGGCAAGUGCCAAGAUGCUCACUGCCGAGCUACGCAAUCGGUUCCUCGCGUUUAGAAAGUUGAGAGAGGGCAGGAUCGACGAGCAGGCCAUGAGUCCGAGGCCGCAGGCCGAGGACUGUUCGCCUGCUCGUUCGGAGGGCUCUCAUGAGGACUCUCACGGCGAGGGGAGGACGACGGCCACGACAGCCCUUCAGGCCACCCCCGCUGACACCACAGACGGCAAGAACCUCGCCCACCUCGUCCCGCCGCUUUCUUCUCAGGGGGCCGACAUUCCCGCCCUCAUUGCGCGGUAUCACGCCUCGAAACUUGCUAUCCUCGACGCGUACCCGCCCCAGACGCCGACGGACGCGCUCGUCAUGUGGUGUGCGUGGUUGCUCGAUGAAUAUAUGACAAACACGACCCCGGCAGCCAUGCGCCAGCUGCGUCCGUACGUCUUCGCGGCCCAGGAAUACGACAUGUUCUUCGCGCCGUGGAACCUGCGUCGUCUGCCUCUUCCCGCGAACCGGGGCUCGAUACCGGCCAUUCCGGGCCCGUUCACGGUGAACCAGAAUCCAGAGGACCACGCAGUGACAGUGAGCUACUACGGGAGCGAGCUGUCGCUGCGGCCGCCAAUGCUCGCGCACGCGGCCAUGCUGCGUUUCUUCACGAACCAAGACUGCGGCUUUGAGCCGGGCACGUCGCCCACGGCCUCCCCGACGUUUCCGCAACCACACACGAUCCCGACGCCACCUUCCACCGCUCCGUCGUCAGUCUCAAUGUCAUCCAAGAGCUCGGCCGAGCUGCGCACGCUGCCGACGCCCGUGCUCGAGUCCUCGGCGCAUGACGCGGAUUUCGACAGGCUGUUGAGAUGUACGGACGGCCGGGCGAGUGAGGGCCGCCGGCUGAAGGACUGGCACGGCCAAUUCGCCGGCGCGUGGGAGGGCACCUUCACGUUCCUCGACUUUGACGCGUUCCGGGACAUGCUGCUGCACGGGCACAGCCGGGCGAUUUACGACGGCGCAUACGGCGAGCAAGCGCAGGUGUGGAAGUUGCGCGAGACGCUCGUGCGGCCCAUUCUGGCCACGCGCGCGCCGUCGCCUGUCCCCGGCGCCUCGACUGCAGCAGCAGCAGCAGCAGGAGGGGGAGGGGGGACGGACACCCCGAGCGAGGACCGGUUCGACGGGUUCCCCCUCCACGGCCCAAUGACGAAUGCAGGUUUCCCAGACCUACGCCCAUUCCUGUCCGACCCGCUCAGUCGCCGAGCGCCAGGACAGAGUCCAGAGGACGCGAUGAUUGACGACGCGGUUGCGCGCCAACUCUCCGCUUUGCACGGGUACGAGGCUGUCGAGGCCUGCGACGUUGCCAGCGCCCUCGAGCAUGACGACCCAGAGGCCUUGUUGCUGCUCACAGGAGUCGGACAUUCGGCCUGGGGCCGGUUCUACAUCUCGGGAUACAUCCGGCAGUGGGACGGUCUGGCCUACCUCGUCAAGGAGUACAGCCCCUAUCAGCGGGGCAAGUGGGUGUACCGCGGCUAUGUGCUCGGGGGGGACACUAUGGUCGGCCGGUGGCGGGAUACCUUCACUGCGGAGGAGUAUGUGGGCUACGAGGGGACUUUUGUGCUCAAGAGGCGGUCGGAGGGAUAG